CCAUACAAGAGAUGAAAACAUUAACGUGACCCGGACCUAUUGACGUGCCAACAGUCCAAACUAGUCAACCCGAACCUGCAAAAAUCCAUGAGGAGAGGACCGCUAGGCUUUUACAAAAGCCAUAAAAUGGAGUCAAGACUGAGACAAUACGUUACGAUAGCUGCUGUUGUAGCUACAUAUUGGUGUGUGUCCAUAUCUAUGGUGUUUCUUAACAAGUAUCUGUUGAGCAGUGAGGAUCUUAAGUUGAACGCCCCUUUAUUUAUCACAUGGUACCAGUGUGUUGUAACAGUCGGGAUAUGUCUUGGACUGAGUUACCUGUCGAAGCUCUUCCCAAAUCAUGUCACCUUUCCACAGGUUGAUUUUGAUCUAAAGAUAUGCAGAGCAACACUACCUCUGUCCAUUGUUUUUGUAUCCAUGAUAUCAUUUAACAACUUGUGUUUGAAGUUUGUUGGUGUGGCAUUUUACUAUGUAGGCAGAUCAUUAACAACAGUAUUCAAUGUGGUGUUUUCUUACUUCAUUCUGAAACAAACAACAUCGUGGAAGGCAAUGGGAUGCUGUGGUAUAAUUAUAUGUGGAUUUUUCAUGGGCGUCGACCAAGAAAAAGUAGCAGGAUCAUUGUCAGUUAUGGGUGUAGUAUUUGGAGUUUUAGCCAGUGCUAGUGUAGCAAUGAAUUCUAUAUAUACAAAGAAAGUUCUGCCAUUGGUUGACAAUAAUAUAUGGAGACUGACAUUAUAUAAUAACAUCAAUGCAUCCUUUCUCUUCCUUCCACUGAUGGCAUUGUUUGGAGAGGCACCGGAGGUCAUAUUUUUCCCCAAACUUGGAAAUCUGUCCUUUUGGUUUUACAUGACAUUAGGUGGAGUGUUUGGUUUUGCCAUAGGCUAUGUUACUGGACUACAGAUCAAAGUUACUUCUCCGUUAACACAUAAUAUAUCCGGCACGGCUAAAGCAUGUGCUCAGACUGUUUUAGCAUGUACUUAUUACGGUGAUAUUAAAUCGACUCUGUGGUGGACCAGUAAUGCUGUAGUGCUGGCGGGAUCAGGAGGUUAUACAGAGGUUAGACGAAGAGAAAUGGACCAACAACGUAAGGAGGCAGUGAUGGUUUUAGCAGAUAAAGUAAAUGAAGAUAAAGAUCAGCCCUGAUUUUAUUUUAUAGCCUAAGUACUAAAAUAUCUAUGAUCGGUUUGAUACUCAAUGUGGGAUUUCAUAAUACUUACAAAACCACGGCUGGUGAGGAUAUGUAUUACAUACAUUAUUUGCAUUGAAUAAGUAUUGAUUUAGGUAGGUAAUUUCAAAGAUAUGUGGGCUCCCUAUUAUGUUAGAUAAUGAUUUUUCAAUUUAUAAAGUGUAUCUUUUUUUUUUUUUAUUUAAUUCAAAAACUAGUCAGUACAAUUAAUUCCAAUAAAAAAGACUUGGACUUUGUAAUAUUUUUACUGUUACACAUAGGGAUAUGCAUCCUGUAUCUAAAUCUUUUGCUAUACAUCCGAGUUGAUUUAAUGAAAAAUUCAAAGAAUCUUUAUAACAUGACCCCUUUGUGUACCUCUAAAUUCAAUAUUGUUUACAUUAUAGGAAAAAAAGGCGUACAUGGGAGGGGUGAUAUGGAUGUUUGAGCUGUGUUCUCAUGUUUUCUAGUUUAUAUUAUUAUUUUUUGAACUUCGAAAUAAAAAUAAAUUAUGAAUACAUUCAUGACAUUGUAAUUGGAUUGAGUUUGAUUUUUAAGGGUGAUUUUUUUCCCAGGCUUAAAUGUUUCAAAAUUGUAAGAAAUUUUUGGGUAAUGGCAAGAUGUUACUACUAUUACUUAAUUUAAAUUUUACAUUGAAAAGAAAGGAUCAGAUAUACUAUAUGUACUAAGCUAUUGGUUAACUUAAUGUUAACGUUUAACAAGAUUAUCUUGAGAGUUUCAGGAAUUUAGGGGGCAAACCUUAUUAAUGGCUAUUAAUUAAAUGUUUACAGUUUAAACUUUUUAUUAACAACAAUAGAAAUUUAGUUUCUAGAAUGUCAUAAUGUCAAAAGGACCACACAAAAUAUUCUAUUAUAAUGGAUGUUCUAAAUAUUGAGAGUUCAAAAAAUAUUUAAUUUGGACCAUAUAGACACAAAAUGUGUUCCAGAAAUCUGUGUUAUUCUUAUUGGUGUUCUACUUGUUCUAGAAAUCCAAUUUUCAUGGUGUUUAGGAAAAAUAGACUUAAGUGAUUUAUUUCUAGAUUUUAUACAAAGGGUUUUAUAUAUUUGGUAUUUAUAUAAUGAGGCAUGUUUUGUACAUAUUGUUUGUUAACUUGUUAUGUUUAAGAUAAAUGGUUAAUUAUAAAAUAUCAGUAGGAUUUGUUCUUCUAUAGAUUCCUACUUUAAACCUGUUAGAUUUAUAGUCUUUUGUCUAGGAAUUUUUUUCCAGAUCUCUGUCUCCAUGUUGUUUCCUUUCGAUGUCUGACAUUGUCAGGUAAAAUGACGACAUAAAUGUUUUAGAUGAUUAAUGAGGCAGCAACCCAGUGACACAAAUAAGCAAAAGACAACUAGAGGCCAAUAUACAGUCUAUAUAACAAUGGGCAGCUGUCUGUAUUUUAUUUCAAUCUCUAAAUUAUCUUAAAAGAUUAAAUUGAACAAAAAAUAUCAAAGCUAUCUUAUCAACAUCCAAUUCUCCAAAUAUCAAAAAACAUGCAAUUUUGUCUUAUCUAAUGCAUUGAAUACUCUCAGUGGUUACAUGUGCAUGCAUGGCCACAACCAAUUCUUAGAUAAUUAUUGAAAUAUUCGUGUUUUAUGCAAAUACAUUACUGACCAAAUGGCAUAGGAUGAAGGUCAUAUAUUUCACUGAUACAUUACAGGCUUUAAAGUCUGAGGUUUAACAUUAAAGUUCAUUUAUAAAAAACUAUAAAGUCUUUACAAAUUUGGUUGCUUCUGCAGCAGAUCAUGCUGACACAUAUUUCUUACUUUAAAAAUUGACUUUGUUGAACUUUUAACCUUCAAUUGUAAAUAGGUAUAUAGGCAUGAUAGUUAUGUAUUGCAUUCAUUGGUUGAUGUAAACACAUGAAUCUCUUCAGAUGUAGUCAUUAUAGUAUGAUUAUACCUUAACAUAUCAGUCAUUUUCACAUUGCUUCCAUAAUCAUGAUAAUGAUUAUUAUUACCGGUCUAUGCUUAUAGAGAUGAUUGUGGAAAAAAUGUGUCAUCAUAUACUAAAAAAUUGAGAAUGGAAAUGGGGAAUAUGUCAAAGAGACAACAACCCGACCAAAGAGUAUGUAUGUUUUUGUACCUUUUUGUAUGGUAAAGUAUCACAAAUCAUCUGAAUUUUUUGUUUGUUCUCUUUUAUUUUGCUAUUAUUGUAUGUUAACCAAUUUAAUAAUAGUAAGAAACUAAGAUACAUAAGUAGUAUUUUUUUAAAGAAAUCCCUUUAGGUACAUUUUUUUAUUGUCUCGUCUUGACGUAGUCGAAAAGCAAGGCUUAGAUAUGCUGUUUCCGAUGGCGUUGGCACAGUCGACAGCGUCAACAAUGUAUUAGUUUGUGAUAAGGUCAGUUUAUGGGGAACCACUAGUGGUAGGUCAAUGAUAUUUGGUAUGCAGUUGUAUUAGCAUUGGCACAUCUGAUUUCCAUGGAGAUUAAAUUUUUUUUGUAAAUUGAAUAGAAUUCUAAAAAUAACUUCAAUUUGUGAUAAGAGCAGGUUUUCCACAUACAAUAUUUAUUUAAUCCAUACAUGUGUUGAGCAUUUUCAUCACUUUUGGGCAUUAAUCAUACACAUAAGAAUUGUCAUAUCAGUACUGUAAAUUCAG